AUGUGGCUGAAGUUAGUGCAAGUUCUACUCGGAUUUCUCAUGUUGUCUGACAUUGCGAAUGGACGUCUGCUGAAGUUCACGAAUGUGAAGUGCAUGGAUCUGCCAACAAAUGCGGGAAUUACGAAGUACGAAUAUUGCCGCCUGAAGGUUGUUAGACGGAAUCAUGUAGAACUCUCUCUUAAAGUUGGAUUGCUUAAAUUACCCAUCACAAAUUUAACCACAAGGCUUCAAUGUUUUCAACGCAGUGAUGGAUAUCGUCCUUUUAUGUAUAAUGUUCUCUUUGAUUUCUGCAAAUUGAUGGGCGCUCGACGAUAUCAUAUUUCAUUCGAGAGAUUUAUAUUUGAUACCAUACGCAAGUACAGUAACUUUAAUCAUAGUUGUCCUUGGAAUGAGGACUAUAUGAGCGUGGAGAAGUUUGCUCUAGACUUUACCAAGGUGAAUAUGCCGGUUCCGGCGGGAGUUUAUCGCCUUGACUUUACUUUCUACUCCUAUGGCCGACCAUUGACAUUGACGCAAGUUUUCUUUGAGAAAAUAGAAUAA